CAGAAGAAAAAAAAAUGGAAAAACUGUUCCUAGUUGGUCUUCUGUUGUUUGCAUAUCAUUCUACAAUGCCUGCUAUUUACUCUGAUACUGGGAGUUUUCUUCAAGUUCAGCUACUACGAAAUGCAGGGGGUGAGCCACGUGGACAACCACGUGAUCAAGACAUGUCCUUUGCUAUGCAUCCUAUGAGGCCACUUCAUGCCUCUUUAAUAUCACAACCAUCGGCAACUGGUCGAACCGAUGCCAAUGCUUCCAAGUGGGAUCGAGCUAUUCCUGUCAAUGUUGGCCCCACCUUGCAUUAUCAUCCACGUGCUAGUCAAGUCGUACCUUUUGGCUAUCAAUCGUCAGCCAACAGGUUUGGAGAUGCCAAUGCGGGACCUUCUACUAUAUCUCAAGCAGCUGCUGAUGAAGGAUCAAGGACAGGAAUCAAAGGAUCCGGAAUAUUGAGGUCCAUUAAUGUGAGUGGUGGAGUCUCUGAUAGAAGCCUUUCUGGUGUACCAUUAGGUGGUGCUAAGCAGAAACCCGGGCUUCACUUGUCUGACCUCGAAUCUUCUAACCCAAGUCGGCAAGGACUGACAUCCGCUGGAUCUCAAAUGACUAUAUUUUAUGGGGGUCAAGCCCAUGUUUUUGAUAAUGUCCAUCCCAACAAGGCAGAUGUUAUAAUGGCCUUAGCUGGAUCAAAUGGAGGAUCUUGGUCAACUACCUAUGCUCCAAAAUCUGUAGCGAGGCCAUUAACUGGAGAAAAUGGUUCACCUAAAGCAGAGAAUGAGGUAACCAAGGGCAGUAACUUAGCUCUAAUUAGGGAGUUGCAUGCCAGGUCAUCUGGUAAAGGCGGUUCCCUUCACGGUUUUGGUUCUGGUGAUCAAAUUUCUGUUCCUCAAGGUAUUCAUCGAGGGGCUAGCAUAAGUACGGAAGCAAAAGCGGCACUGCAAGCAGCAUCAAAUAGUGCUGAUGAAAAACGAGAAGUGUGAUGCAAAUUCCGUAUUGUCUAAACAAAAAUGGGCUGGCGUUAUCACAAAUCAGGCGUAUUGCUCGUUUUCUUUUCCUUUAUUUUUCACUACUUCACCCCUAGAAACCAGCUGCACUAGAUAUCAAAGCCAAAUUUCCAAUCUUGUACUGCGCUUUGUUUAGUUCUUGAAUCAAUGGAAGUUUAGUUGGUUCUUCCAAAAGAAAUGCCAGAUGUUUUAUAGGUUUGUUUAGACCUUGAACUCUCAAGGCAUUUAUGCUUCAUCUGUUCACUAUGUGCAGCAGAUCCAAUGCUGAAGCCAAGGAUGUUUUCAGAAAGAAGUUUUAUCACUUAACUGAAUUCAGUUUUUGCUUCUUUUUGGAGUGAAAUUGCCCGAGUAGCGUGGAAUGGCUACAGGGGAUUCAUAUAUCUUGAGUUUUAGUUGAUUGAGUUUUUGGCUUCUUAAUCUAGAACAUUUUAUUC